AUGGAUGAGAAAGGCUUCCUAAUUGGGGUGCUCGGCCUCGGCGAAGUCAUCGCCCUCUCCUUCGCCUCCGAAGGCGCCAACGUAGCGAUCAACUACUUCAACCGCAUCGAGCCGGCGGAGAAGGUGGCUGCCAAGUGUGCGGAGAAGGGGGUCAAGGCUGUAACUGUCAGGGCUGAUAUGUGCUCCACCGCCGAGGCAAAACGCAGCAUCGAGGAGACGAUUGAGAAGCUAGGUGGUUUGGAUAUUGUGAUCGCGAAUGCGGGCUGGACACGCUUCUCCAACUUCGCCGACCUCGACGCUUUGGAUGAACCAGAGUGGGAUAGGUGUUGGGCUGCCAAUGUAAAAGUCCCUCACGCCCUGCUCAAAGCGGCGAAGCCUACUUUCGAAGCCAACCCCGAGGGUGGUGUGUUGAUUACCACGGGUUCGAUAGCGGGCAAUUCGCAAGGCGGCUCCUCCAUGGCAUAUGCCGUGACAAAAGCUGCGCAGAUACAGCUGAUCAAAUGCCUUGCUACCACCCAAGGUCCCAAAAUCCGCAUCAAUACCGUGCUGCCGGGGUUCUUGAGGACAGAGUGGGGCCUCCGAUACCCACAAGAAACCAUCGACUUUGUCAUUGACAAGGCGGCGUUGAAGCAUGAGACGUAUCUCCAGGAUUGCGCGGAUGCGUUCAUCAUGCUGGCUAAGAAUACCAGUAUGACGGGUAUGAAAGUCCAGGUUGAUGCUGGAUUAAAUAUCCAGGGGAAUUGACGUCCUUUGGUGUGUAUGAUCCAGUUUUAUGGGCUUUCGGAUUCUCCCGAACAUCAUUUAGGAUGCAAUAUGAUGCUCCUCGUUU